AACCGUACAGUGAAUACAAAAUUAUCAUGUUGUAUUUAAUUUAAAUUACUGAAUUUAAGUCGUACAAUAUUUCUCCACAAUGGCAGGUAACCCAAGCCAUAAUGCAAAUUCAAUGGAAACAAUUCUUACAUUUGAAAACCGAAAUGUGAGUCAAUGGUCCAUGGUGUGGUCAACGGCGGAUGUCCCCGGUAUGGACACGGGCACUGGCGGGGGGCCCUCGGCACGCCUCAGCGGCCGGCGACGCCUCAGAAUCGGCACCUUUGUUCUGGGCGCCUUCCUGACCAUGCACUGUAGAGUCACUGCGUCGGCAAUCACUGGAGGAUUUUUUAUCUUCUUAAUAUUCCUGACUAUGGCGGUUGCGCUACUGGCCAACCCAUUGCGCCACUUUGAAAUUUAUCUUGGACAGUGGAGUAUCAGUGGACCAGGUCGAGCCUUUCGUAUUAUACCCAUGUUUGACGGCAUAGGUAUUGCUAUUUGUAUUCAUGCAAUAGUGCGAGCUAUAUGUUGCUGUACGAUAGCUGCUAUAACGGCGAUCUAUGUGCUCCAUUCUGUAUCAGAUGCAAGGUUACCAUUCACGUACUGUAGGGAUUUCAAUUUGAAAUCGUAUGAACCAGUCCUCAAUGAUAUGAAGAGUCUUAGACAGCGACAGUCAAGAUGGAAAAGUAUCCAGAAAUAUCAAACUACUUCUAUACGGCCUUCGACUGUUGGAUUUUACUAUCGCGCGUGGAGAAACGCUUCAUUGAAACAAGCCAUGAGAAAGAUGAAACGCAUCAACAAGCCACGACAAAUGGAAGUAUGCAAUGAGACAUACCCUGGAAGAUAUCCUCCAGUGUUUAACACUCCUGCAUAUAACUUUUUCUACGUGGAGGUGGUGCAAUUAAGACCGGACUUUAAGAUGGAGCGUGUCAAUAUACCGUUAAUAAUAAGUCUUGCUGUUGUUUGGGCAUUAGUAUGGAUGGUUUUAUUAGGUGAACGAAUUUAUCAUGGAAGGUUAAUUUGGAACAAUAUGAUUUCGUGGUUUGUCGUUGUGCCGUGGGUGUGGGCCGCGAUACUAGCCAUAAUGGCCCUUACGAAUAUAACUGCGAUGCAAAAAAUCUUGAAGAAAGCCUUUCGCCUUGAUGCCAUGGAAAUAGUAGCUAUAAUAGCAGAUGCUUUGGAAGUAGCCCUAUACAUCCAUUCAGCAGGUACAGGCACAGAAUUAAUUCAUGGGAAAGGUUUAAAUCAUUAUGCAUCGGGUCAUAUAGAUUCACAUCUGAACUCUGAAAACGUGUGGCAUUCUGGAUUGGUUCUGUUAUUGGCUUGUCUCAACUCCACAAACGCCGCAGUCUGCGCUCUCGUCGAUUACAUGCAAGUUACUAGCCAGGAGAACCACACCAUGCAUGAAAGCACUUUAUGGAUAAUACCAAUGUAUUCUAAAUGCAUGUCUACUGGAAGCUAUUCUCAUUUACUAUCCGCGCUCACAUUCGGUGGAUUAACCUUUUCUUACAUGCUUGUUGCUUAUGUGUUGCUAAAAACUGCAUUGCAUACAAUAUUUGAAUACAGAGUCAAAUUAGUUUUCAUCGAGCAAGUGGUGGUCGCACUUUUGAUUUUAACUGGCAUGGGAUUGAGCGUAAUUUUUGCUACAAUCGGUGGCAUCGUCCUGUUAGAGACCGUGGACGCGAUGAUGACGGGCGUGGCGAUGCCGCUGGUGUGCUUACUGCAGCUGGUGGGCAUGCUGUGCGUGUACCGCAGCCGCGACUUCGUGUCCGACAUGAACCUGGCCACCGAGGAAAACGCUUGCGCCUCGCGCAUCGGCACGCAGUGGCAGAUCAUCCCUUUUAUUACGAUUAUAGCCGUGGUGUUGAAGCUGAUAGUGCUGAUGAAGUCGGAGCUGCCCAACGAUUCUAUGAUGCUGGCGCUGGCGCCGCUGGUGGCCGUGUUGCUGGCCGUGCCCGUGCGCGCCGUCUCCAACGCCGUCGUCUUCCUCUGGGACGCACGACACGGCAUCAAGUAGACCAUUUAAACUAGCGAUGUCAAAAUAUACACAGUGAAGGGUAAAUAAAAAGACUA